CGCCCCGCCCCGCCCCUCUCCCCUUCGCUAAAAGCGGUUGGCUGCGCUCCUGUCCGUCAGCGGGUGUCUCCCACGGCGACCGGCCGGCCCAGGAGCUUGUGAGGCCGCCGCAGCGCGCUGGAGAAGAUGCCGGGUGGCGGCGGUAGCGGGGGGCAGGUGUCUGGUGCUGAAGUCAUCGCCCAGGCCCUGAAGACGCAAAAUGUGAAGUACAUGUUCGGCGUCGUAGGCAUCCCCGUGACCGACAUCGCCCUUGCCGCGCAGGAGCUGGGCAUCAGGUUCAUCGGGAUGCGGAACGAGCAAGCGGCUUGUUACGCUGCCUCUGCAGUUGGAUACCUAACGGGCAGACCAGGAGUAUGCCUUGUCGUUUCCGGCCCAGGUCUCAUCCACGCCUUGGGUGGCAUGGCAAAUGCAAACAUGAACUGUUGGCCCUUGAUUGUGAUUGGUGGUUCUUCUGAAAGAAAUCAAGAAACCAUGGGAGCCUUCCAGGAAUUUCCUCAGGUUGAAGCUUGCAGAUUAUAUAGCAAGUUCUCUGCCCGACCAACAAGCAUAGAACAUAUUCCUGUUGUUAUUGAAAAGGCAGUGAGGAGCAGUAUCUAUGGUCGUCCAGGCGCUUGUUACAUUGACGUUCCUGCAGAUUUCGUGACCCUCCAGGGGAAUGUGAAUUCUAUAAAGUACAAAGAGUGCUGCCUGCCACCUCCAGUUAGCAUGGCUGACACCCCGGCUGUAUGUAUGGCAGCAUCUGUUAUUAGAAAUGCCAAGCAGCCCCUGCUCAUCGUCGGGAAAGGUGCUGCUUAUUCCCAUGCAGAGGACAGUAUCAAGAAACUGGUAGAACAGUGCAAUUUGCCAUUUUUGCCUACACCUAUGGGGAAGGGUGUUGUCCCUGACGAUCAUCCAAACUGUGUGAGCGCAGCCAGAUCCAGGGCUUUGCAGUUUGCUGAUGUGAUUGUGUUAUUUGGUGCGAGACUAAACUGGAUAUUACAUUUUGGACUGCCUCCAAGAUACCAGGCAGAUGUGAAGUUUAUUCAGAUUGAUAUCUGUGCAGAAGAAUUGGGGAAUAAUGUAAGACCUUCUGUGACUUUGCUGGGAGACAUAAAUGCUGUUUCUAAACAGCUUUUGGAACAGUUUGACAAAACCCCAUGGCAGUUCCCCACAGACAGCAGGUGGUGGGAGACUCUGAGAGAGAAAAUGAAGAGCAAUGAAGCUGUUUCCAAGGAAUUAGCUUCCAAAAAAUCCCUCCCUAUGAAUUAUUACACAGUAUUCUACCAUGUUCAAGAGCAGUUGCCCAGAGACUGUUUUAUAGUAAGCGAGGGAGCAAAUACUAUGGACAUUGGCCGGACUGUGCUUCAGAACUACCUUCCUCGUCACAGGCUGGAUGCUGGUACCUUUGGAACAAUGGGCGUUGGUUUGGGGUUUGCUAUUGCAGCUGCUGUAGUGGCUAGAGACAGAAGUCCUGGGAAGCGGGUCAUCUGUGUGGAAGGAGACAGUGCUUUCGGAUUUUCUGGCAUGGAAGUGGAAACCAUCUGCAGGUACAACUUGCCAAUCAUACUCUUGGUUGUAAACAAUAAUGGAAUCUACCAAGGUUUGGAUGCAGACACUUGGGAAAAAACGUUAAAUUUUCAAGAAGCUGUUACAGCUGUCCCUCCAAUGUGUCUCUUGCCAAACUCACAUUAUGAGCAGGUCAUGACUGCAUUUGGAGGCAAAGGGUAUUUUGUAAAAACACCAGAAGAACUCCAAAACUCUCUGAGGCAGACACUGGAAGACACAAGUAAACCCUGUCUUAUCAACAUCAUGAUUGAACCACAGAGCACACGGAAGGCCCAGGAUUUUCACUGGCUCACCCGUUCUAACAUGUGAAUAAACUAGUUGAUAGUUUUGAGGAAUUUUCUCUUUCCAGCAAGGUAGAAUUUACUUUCUCUAGCAAAAUUACCACACUGCUAAAAUUGUAUCUUAAAAUGUUUUAAAUUAAGUUUUAUUGUAAAGAAUUUGAUUAAAAACAGAAAAGAUUUCUAUAA